GCCCCGGUUCAGACUCCCCAGCGCCAGCCUUUGCACCGCUUCCUCCUCGGAAAAAGAAGAAUCUUUUCCUGAACUGGAACUGGAACUAAAGUCCGUUCGGAGAUCCGAAAAUCUGCAAUAAAGAGGUUAUUUGUAACCCGGCGUCUCCAGGCUGGUGAGCAAGCUGAGGAGAGCAAGAGGGAUGGGGAGCGGCGCCGGGAAGCUGGGCCGGGCUGAGAGGCUGCCAAUGCUCUUUCUCUUCCUGCUGCUUUUGUUCUGCCCGGCGCUCUGUGAGCAGAUCCGCUACAGGAUUCCCGAGGAAAUGCCCAAGGGCUCCGUAGUGGGGAACCUCGCCACCGACCUGGGGUUCAGCGUCCAGGAGUUACCGACUCGAAAACUGCGCGUCAGUUCGGAGAAGCCUUACUUCACCGUGAGCGCAGAGAGAGGGGAGUUGCUUGUGAGCAGCAGGCUAGACAGGGAGGAGAUAUGCGGGAAGAAUCCAGCUUGUGCUCUGGAAUUUGAGGCUGUUGCUGAAAAUCCACUGAACUUUUAUCACGUGAAUGUGGAGAUCGAGGACAUUAAUGACCACACGCCAACAUUCACGCAAAAUUCCUUUGAGCUGCAAAUAAGUGAAUCUGCACAGCCUGGCACACGAUUUAUAUUAGAAGUAGCAGAAGAUGCAGAUACUGGCUUAAACUCUCUACAGAAGUAUAAACUCUCUCUUAACCCAAGUUUCUCUUUAAUAAUUAAGGAGAAGCAAGAUGGUAGUAAAUACCCGGAACUGGCAUUGGAGAAAACCUUAGACCGGGAACAACAGAGUUACCAUCGUUUAGUUCUGACUGCCUUGGACGGUGGAGAUCCACCCCUAAGCGGCACCACUGAGCUCCGUAUCCAGGUAACUGACGCCAAUGAUAAUCCCCCGGUAUUCAACCGGGAUGUGUACAGAGUCAGCCUUCGGGAAAACGUGCCACCAGGCACCACUGUGCUGCAAGUGUCAGCCACCGACCAAGACGAGGGCAUCAACUCAGAAAUUACUUAUUCCUUCUACAGAACCGUGCAAAUCUUUGGUCUGAAUUCAAAGAGCGGGGAAAUUACCACUCAAAAGAAACUGGAUUUUGAAGAGACCAAGGAAUAUUCAAUGAUAGUAGAAGGGAGGGAUGGUGGUGGACUGGUUGCACAAUGUACAGUUGAAAUUAAUAUUCAAGAUGAAAAUGACAAUAGCCCAGAAGUUACAUUCCAUUCUCUACUUGAGAUGAUUCUGGAAAACGCGGUGCCUGGAACACUAAUUGCUUUGAUCAAAAUACAUGACCAAGAUUCUGGGGAAAAUGGGGAAGUUAACUGUCAAUUACAAGGCGAAGUCCCUUUCAAGAUUAUCUCUUCGUCCAAAAAUUCGUAUAAGUUGGUAACAGAUGGAACCCUAGACCGAGAGCAGACCCCGGAGUACAACGUCACCAUCACAGCCACAGACAGGGGCAAGCCGCCCCUCUCCUCCAGCAUAAGCGUCAUCCUGCAUAUCAGCGACGUCAACGACAACGCUCCGGUUUUCCACCAGGCGUCCUACUUAGUCAGUGUAGCCGAAAACAACCCUCCUGGGGCCUCCAUCGCGCAAGUCUGCGCCUCGGACCCGGACUUGGGGUUGAAUGGCCAAGUCUCCUACUCCAUCAUGGCCAGCGACCUAGAGCCUCUGGCACUAGCCUCUUACGUAUCCGUGAGCGCGCAAAGUGGGGUGGUGUUCGCGCAGCGCGCCUUUGACUACGAGCAGCUGCGCGCCUUCGAACUCACACUGCAGGCCCGCGACCAGGGCUCGCCUGCACUCAGUGCAAACGUGAGCCUGCGCGUGUUGGUGGGCGACCGCAACGACAAUGCGCCUAGGGUGCUGUACCCCGCGCUGGGUCCCGACGGCUCUGCGCUCUUCGAUAUGGUGCCGCGCGCUGCAGAGCCCGGCUACCUGGUGACCAAGGUUGUGGCGGUGGACGCAGACUCAGGACACAACGCCUGGCUGUCCUACCACGUGCUGCAGGCUAGCGAGCCCGGGCUCUUCAGCCUGGGGCUGCGCACGGGAGAGGUGCGCACGGAGCGUGCCUUGGGCGACAGGGACGCGGCCCGACAGCGCCUGCUGGUCGCCGUGCGUGAUGGUGGACAGCCGCCACUCUCCGCCACCGUCACGCUGCACUUGGUCUUUGCCAACAGCUUGCAGGAGGUGCUGCCGGAUAUCACUGACCGCCCUGUACCCUCUGACCCCCAGGCUGAGCUGCAGUUUUACCUAGUGGUGGCCUUGGCCUUGAUCUCAGUACUCUUCCUCCUGGCCAUGAUUCUGGCCAUUGCCUUGCGCCUGCGACGCUCCUCCAGCCCCGCUGCCUGGAGCUGCUUCCAACCAGGUCUCUGUGUCAAGUCUGGACCUGUGGUUCCCCCCAACUACAGCGAGGGGACUUUGCCUUAUUCCUACAACCUAUGUGUUGCACAUACAGGAAAGACGGAGUUUAAUUUCCUAAAAUGUAGUGAGCAAUUGAGUUCAGGACAAGACAUACUUUGUGGUGAUUCAUCUGCGGCCUUAUUUCCACUUUGUAAUUCCAGUGAGUCGACUUCCCAUCCUGAGUUGGUGAGUUUUAUUUAUGUCUAUUCUUUUUCAUUACCCACCCAAUUUUCUGUAUUUACAUGAAAAUACCGUACAUUUUCAGGUCUAAUGAGUUGUCUUAGGAAAGUUGUAGCUGCUCAGAAAAGCUGUC